AUGCCCUGUCCUUUCGGUUUGGCCUGGGCGGCCUGGUGUGCCUUUGGCUCGCUGGCUCGGUUCGGAGACGCAGCUCGCCUCGGGGAGGCUCGGGCAGAGGCCCGGGACAACGCGAAUGCGGUGCAGGAGCUCCACAGGUAUCGCGCGUUCAACGAAAGCGGCAUCCGCCUGCUCAUGGAAGGCCAAGACUUGCCUCUCGUGGAGCCGUCCAGUUUCACAGAAGCUCCUCACAAAGACAAAAUCGUGCAGCUUCCCCAUGCAUGGCGUUCGAAGUUGAAUAUCGUCAAAUGGCUGGGUGCCGGCACCUUUGGAAAGGUGUUCAAGUGCAAAGUUCUUUGUGAGGAGAGCAGAGAUGUUUAUGUGUCCGUGAAGUACAUCGAGGAGAAGAGCAAGCUCGUUAAAACGGAGAUACGUGUCCUCGAAGAGAUGAAGGGCUACUCCGACUUCUGCAUUUCAGCGGUCGGAUCGGUAUCGCACAUCGAGGAUUCCAAAGGUUUCUGGAUCAUGAUGCCGUACAUGAACUACGGGGACUUUCAUGACUUCAUCAAGCAGUGCCAAAAGAACCCACUGUGCCAGAAUUCGGGUAGCACGGAAGGCAGGAGAGACUUCACAAAAGUCGACCCCGCCUUCACGCAUGCCUAUAUCCUGGUCCUUUUCCAUGACAUCGUCGCCGGCACCGAGGCUCUGCAGAUCAAGACCGGGAGGAUCCACACUGACUUGAAGCCCGCCAAUGUCAUGGUGAACUGCCAGAAUCACAUGUGCUUUGCGGCUGUGAUCGACCUCGGCCUUGCAUGCGCGAUGAAGCCAAAUGGCUGCCACCUUGGAGGCACACCGGUUUACAUGCCGCCAGAAACCUUCAAGCAGCAAGUUGAGGCACUGUCUCUUCCUGCCCGAGAUGUUUGGGCUUUGGGUGUCAUCCUCUACCAGCUGGUCUAUAACAGAAAUCCCCCUUUCUUCUCCGACCCAAAUCGUAUGGUUUACCUCUAUGAUGUUACGAAGGACCCUACAAUCGCCGGAACGAAAAAGGUAGAUUUUCUCAUCAUGCAGAUGUUGGCUAACGACUACAAAAAGCGGCCGUCCUUGGCAAGUAUUCGCAAGGAGUUGGAGUUCUUGAUUGAGGAAGCAGCUGCUCCUCCCGUCACAGGAUCGAAGUUCAAUAUCGGCGACGCAGUUGAGUACUUCAGUCCUUCUUACUUUCAGUGGCUCCCUGCAAAGAUCACUGCAGUCAAAGACAGCAACCACUACGACUUGAAUAUCAGACCGGACGCUCCCGUGGAACAUCUCCGGCCCCGACGGCUCCAUGCCGAUGCCUUAACGGAGGUGAGAGUGCUCCGCGAUGUCGGAGAAGCUGACGAGGCGCACAGUGGCCCGCUGUACCAGAAAAAUGACCAGGUCCAGUGGUGGAGCAAAAGGUAUCAGACGUGGCUUGAUGCCAAAGUCAAGCUGGUUAGGGGUGACGGGACUUAUAUGUUGGACUGCACACGUUCUGCUACAGAGGACGAGAUGCGUCCCCUAAUCGCUACCACGACUACCACGCGUCCCCUAAUCACUACCACGACUACCACGACCACGGUCCCCAUCGAGGUGAAGAUGCUCCACUCGAACGCCGUCGAGCGUGGUGCCGCCUUGAAGAUGCCAUCUUGUCUUUGA